AUGCCUACCACUAGAAAGAUUGUCUGCUUCUCAGACUUCGAUGGCACUAUCUUCAUGCAAGAUAGUGGCCACGUCCUAGUCGACGCCCUAGGAUGUGGCGCGGAAGGUCGCCAGAAGUUCGAGGAAGAGAUCAAGACGGGGGCCCGCUCGUUCGUCGAAGUCUCCGAGGAUAUGUGGGGGUCGCUGAAAAUCCCCUUCUCAGAUGGUUUCGAAAUCAUGCAACAGCAACUGGAUUUGGACCCUGGCUUCAAGGAGUUCCACCAGUUCUGUGUCGCCAACAAAAUCGAUUUCAACAUCAUUAGUGCCGGCCUGAAGCCUGUUCUGGCGCAGGUCUUGAAACAAUUCCUCGGUCCUGAAGAGGCCUCACAAAUCGAGAUCGUCGCCAACGAUGCAGAUAUCCGCGAAGAGGGUGGCCAGUGGAAGCCGAUUUGGCGUCAUGACACUCCGCUCGGACAUGACAAGGCCCGCUCCAUCCAGGAGGGCCGCGCUUUGGCCGAGAAAUACUCUCUGGACAACGAGGUCCCCCUAAUCAUCUUCAUUGGCGACGGCGUUUCGGAUCUGCCCGCUGCGCGGGAGGCUGAUGUGCUAUUCGCGCGCAAGGGCCUGCGGUUGGAAGAAUACUGCAAGGAGAACCAGAUUCCGUAUAUUCCGUUUGAGGACUUUUCCGAGAUCAAGCGUGAGGUGCAGAAGAUCAUGAAGGAGGACGAGGAGAAGACGGGCGGCCAGGGCGUGCCGGCUCGGUUCAACCCGCGGGCCAACAUGUGGCGUCGCAUCUCUAGCAAGCAAGCUGUUCCUCAGUUCGUUGCGGCUACACCGAGGGAGGAGAAGAUGAUGCUGUGGCCGGAAAGCUUCUCCGAGUUACAAGCGGAGAAGGUCAAGGAUAAAGCUGGCCAGUAG